AUGUAGCUCCCUUUCGGUUGGUGUCUGGAAGUGGCCGAAAAUCGAGUGGGCGCGCAGCGCGUCACGUAUUUACCUUCGGACAAGCACUCGCACCGCUCUUCACAGUCGACAAGGGCAUCGGCCACUCUCCAGCCCGCUCAACGUCUUGUGGCCCCAAGGAUGAGCAUGACCGAACUGAUCGCUUCUCCGGCUGGUCCUAUUGAAGGCGUUGAACAAACGCCUGUCUGACAAUGGCGUCAGUCCGGUCACUGGGCCUCCAUGAACCCCCCGCGAUUCCAUUUCUGGUCGCCGAACACCUACUCCCACCAGAACCGUCUACGAAUGAUUAUGUGUGGCAAACAAUACAGGCAGAAGAUGGACCGGAUGGACCUGUUGACGAGGAGGUUGUUUACACAAAGACCUGCGUGGUCUGGUCUCGCUGCGGUGUCUUGAAGAGGGUCUUUAGGCUGGAUGUCGAGAAGGAAGAGAUACGCCAUGUCCUAUUCACACAUUUCCCGACAGAGAAGAUUGGAACAAAUGAACGAAGUUCUCAGGCAUCCGGAAAAGGGCUGUUCCAGAGUUCGAGGACCUCAUCUUCAGAUCGCGAAGCGCAUUCCACCACAAAGAGAAAGAAACAGGAUAUCGAAAUCCCGCGGAUAUCGCUAGACAAGAGAGAGAACAGCCGUGUAAAUGGCGAUGAUAGUAGCGGAAAUGAGCUUUCGCGGGCACUUGUCGUCGUGCUGAAGUCUCAAGCGCAUAUUUUCUUCUUGACUGGCAAUAGUCACGUUGUACCUUUGCCUUUCGAAGUCGAGACAGUAUUUCCUACUCCGCGGGGCCUUCUAUUCCAACGGAAGGGGCCUCAGGGUGGCCCUGUACCGUUUCCAACGGCCCCUCCAAAUUCUUUUAUGUCGGUCAAGACUACAGAGACGAGACUAAGUGCUCAUGAGCUUUCUAUGGGUUCUGCCCGUAAGCAUGCGCGGCCAUCGCAGACCAUCUCGACUCCUCGAGCUUCAACAUGGAAGCAGAAACCCAAAGAGAACACAAGUCUUCCUAGAGUCUUUUCUCUCAUGGAUCCUCACGCUGAGAUGGGACUGGUCGUGGCCAGCUAUUCUCGUUCUGUCUACGGAAGCCACAGAGCAGGCGAUUUCCAUAUGCUGGACUCAGCGGAAGAGAUAAUAUACAUGUCUCAAAAAGACGAGCUCUCUCAUAUCAGCAAUGCAUCCAAUUUCCCACUCAUCCUCGUCGUGACUCUUAACUCCAAUACUGGAAUGUAUACACUAUGGACUGGCCGAUAUAGACAUGAAGAGACCGAUCGACUGCUUCACCAAGGCAAACGAAAAUCUGAAGCUACAGGUACUCGUUCUAAGAGGAGGAGUUCUCAUUUCGGAAUGACUACGGGCACAACAACCCCUGCGGCGCGUCCCUCCGGGGUGAGAGAAAGCUUUGGUAGCAUUAACCUCGGACGCAGUAUUUCGGGAAUGUCCAAUCUGCAGGGUCAUCCGUCAGAAGGAAGAGGAGAUGACAUAGAUGACUUUGCUACACAACUAGGACAAGAAUUUGGAGAUAUCACUGGUCCCUCGAAGACGUCAAGACGCCUCAGCUCAAUGCUUGCGCGAGCAGAUCUUGCAACCAACCAGGACAGAGCUACUUUCUCUGACCUUGCUACCGGGAACCAGAGCUACUCUAAUAACUUUAGUCUUUCUAGACAGUCUCUAGGAGGAUUCAAUCCUCGAGAAAGCAUUGAUUUCAACCCUCGAGCGUCUAUACCACAUGUUGGAGAUUCCGUGCACCACAACGGUGGCCCUCUAGAUUUCCGCGUCAAUAAACUACUGCAGGAACUUAACAAUGGCGGAAGCUUGGACGGCUUUGAAGACAUGGACCUGAGGGAAUCAAACGCCGGUCUGUCGAAAGAAUUGAUGCUUAGUAAAAUCGAAAGCUUUCCCGGCAAUGUUUCCCUAUCCUUUGAUACUGCUACUGAUUCGACCGCAUCGACGAAGCCAAAGAUAUUCACUUUACGCGCGCGCGAUGGCGAGGACACACACAACAGGGAUUCGGCUUCUGUCGCCGUCUGUAUUUCCGAUGCUUCCUCGAAAUCGCUUACCCUGGUUUCUCUGAAAGCCGAGCGGGCUGUCAUCCCAAAGAAGGGGACAUUGAGCGGGUCGAAACCAAAAACUGAAACUGGAAAUACCCCGUAUCAGAACUUCUUUGCUGUUAAAGUAACAGGGAUACAACAUGGCUCUGACAUACUGGGCGCCUGCCGAGUGGUCGAUGGACAAGUGUCUCGAAUCCUGACCUUGGGAGUGACUGCGGAUGGACAGAACCGAUUAGCCCUGCAGUCACCAUGGAGCGUUCCGAUGGAGAUUGAAUUACCAUCCCUGAGCUUGAAUCAACCGCGUGAUAUGUCGCUGUCUAGAGCUGCCCAUAAGUCAGCAGAGCCAGGGGCCAAAAAGUCUUUGAUCGACCUACCGCUAAAGUUGGUCGGGCUGGAUAAUCCGUCCACGAGGGGCAGGUUUGAUGCAGUAGAUUCCCAUGGGAGGAGGCAUAGGCUUCAAGUACGCAUGGAACCGAGGAAUGCUCUGGUGAGAAAAGUCAUUGCAGUAUGCAAGUUCGCUCUGAGAGACUUCGGGAAAGCUGGCGAGGGAAUACUUGUCGGAUGGUGGCAAGUUUUGAAUUGGCUACGGUCUAGGAAUGAUGCUGGCUACGACCUAGAGUGGACAGCGAUGGUGGUCCUUCUGUUUACUAUGGCGGUUGAUUUCAUCGCAAGCAGCGAGACCAAAGCUGAAAAGACUCGGAGAAGGAGAGCACUCCCUCGGUCAAGCAGUGGGAGCUACGUUGACCUUCAAAACUGGGAGGCGAUGUUGGAUCAGGAGGCUGGCCCAUCUGGCUUUGCUCCGUCUUGGAUGAUGAAUCCCUCCUGGAGUUGGAUCACACAGGCAGAAUCCCUUAACGCAUCUGAUGAUCCUCCUCGCCCCAGACGAACAGCAACGACGGAGCAACGAAGCAUUUUCGACAAAUCCCCUCGGUUAUCUCACAAGAAGAAUCCAUAUGUCACUCAAUGUGCUUCUCUGGCCAGAGAAUUUCUCCGCAAUCCUAUCGGUCAAUCUGCUUCUGGUGCAGCAGGCUAUCUUCCUACUGCAUCGUCACAAAGUGAGGCAACACGCCGAACUGCUUUGUGCAGUAUCCUGAUCUGCUUGCAUUUUUUACGAGAAGAGCAGAAGCUUUUUACUUAUGAAAGCGAGUCCUCCUAUAGAAAGAUGGGUAUGUUGGCCCCUGUUUUAGCCCAGAUUGGCCGGUGGCUAGGCUGGGGUUCUUGGACCUGGAAGCAAGACAGCUACUAUGGAAGCGAAAUGGCUAGCAUAGACUGUUGGUCGUUCGAAGAUUCCCAAAUCUCAAAACUGAAUAUUCCACCGGAGCCAUUUCCGCCCCCUUCAGUAUUCUCUUCCAUAGAGAGUAUUUGGCGUGAACAACCAGGCUCGUUCCUCACUCUCCUGGAAGUUGUUUCAGAACAUGAUCGGACGCAAACUGAAGGGAGACUAUGGGAAGAAGCUUUCAGUCUUACUCCAAGGACCCUGGCCCUUCGUGGCUAUCUCUCCGAAGCUCGCUCUUCACCAUCGACAUUAGAAAAAGUCGAACUCUUACUCCGCUGGGGUCUAACACGCAAUGUGAUUGAGACUUUCCCGGAUGGUGUCAGCGCUCCACUCUUCGAAGCAAUCACUCGUUGCCAAGUGAACCCUCCAGCGUCGUGGACAUCUACGCUUCUUGAGCUGAUCGAUAGAGAUGACCUUUACAUCUCGAUGAAUAAUAACCGCUCUGUUGUCUCGGUUUCAAGACCCCAACCUGUUCUAGCGCACGAUGCAGUGCGCGAUUUCCAUCACAUAGGUUCAUCCGCCCUGGAUAUUGAUGCGAUAAACUCAUUCGAGGCGUCCGCAGAGGCCGAUAAAUCGUCUAUUACUAAGCUCAUCUUCAAUGAAGACAGACGUUUUGUGGAGGCAGCGAAGCUUCUGAACCAGUCCAAAGCACCCGUGGCCGAAUGUUUACCAGAGCCAGAAUGGUCUGAUUCUGACUUAUUAGAGGCGCAGAAGGAGCUUGUGCAACUUGUGACCCUCAGGACCCUUUCCAUACCUGCAGGGCGUUCCAUGUUCAUGUUCAGUAGUCGAUCACCCCUUCUGACCGAGAAACUUCCUAUCCCUUCUUUCUCGUUGCAAUGUGUGAUGAAACCUUCAAAUGUGACCAUUAGUGCCGACAGAGCUUCAUUUAGCGAGGAGAAGGUGUGCUGGGCCUUUUUCCAUAAUGGUGUCUCGACAGGCCUUGCCAUCUCAAAGUCUUCCAAGGGCAUUGACACGUCAUGGAUACUUUUCAACAAACCUCAAGAGCUAACAAAUAGACACGCCGGAUUCUUAUUUGCCCUUGGCUUGAAUGGGCACCUGAAAACUCUGGCAAAAUGGGUCGCAUUCAAAUAUCUGACACCGAAACACACAAUGACAUCAAUUGGUCUUCUUCUCGGUCUUUCCGCGUCCUAUCUCGGUACAAUGGAUACUCUCAUCACAAGGCUACUGUCUGUGCAUGUCACUAGGAUGCUUCCUCCUGGUGCUGCGGAACUGAAUCUGUCGCCCCUGACACAAACCGCUGGAAUAAUGGGCAUAGGCCUUCUCUAUUGCAAUUCUCAGCACAGGAGAAUGAGUGAGGUUAUGCUGUCAGAACUCGAAAAUGUGUCCCGCGAGGAAAGCACAAUCUCUCAAGAAGACUUAAGGGACGAAGGUUAUCGUCUAGCAGCUGGUUUUGCCCUGGGUUUUAUCAAUCUCGGUAAGGGUAAAGACCUGAGGGGUCUACGAGAUAUGAACGUCGUUGAGAGGUUGCUGGCAAUCGCCGUUGGUACGAAGAAUGUUGAUCUUGUUCACAUUCUUGACAGAGCUACUGCGGGAGCUACCAUUGCUCUCAUGAUCAUUUUCAUGAAGACAAAUGACAAGGCGCUCGCUCAGAAGAUAGAUAUUCCCGACACAACUACGCAGUUUGAUUACGUCCGGCCUGACAUAUUUCUUCUCCGAACUGUGGCCAGGCAUUUAAUUAUGUGGGAUAAUAUCCGCGCUUCUCAUGAAUGGCUCCUUGAGAGUCUUCCGCAGAUCUACCGGCGACGGAAUCGACUCGCGAGUAUUCGUCGUCUAAGCAGUGAUGAUAUGCCGUUCUUUAACAUCAUUGCUGGACUCUGCUUCACGAUCGGUUUGCGUUAUGCAGGCUCAGCUCUGCCUCAGGCGAGAGAUCUUCUGAUCUCGUAUCUUGACCAAUUUAUGAGGAUAUGCAGACUUCCCGCUGUUAACUAUGACGGAAAGCUAGCACGAAAUUCAGUUCGUAACUGUCAGGAUAUCGUUGCACUUUCCGUGGCUGCAGUCAUGGCUGGAACGGGGGAUCUGGCCGUAUUCAGGCGACUCCGUUCUCUUCAUGGUCUUGUCGACCCUGAUACCCCCUACGGAAGCCAUAUGGCGGCUCAUAUGGCUAUUGGCAUGCUGUUCUUAGCCGGAGGAACCUACACCCUGGGAACAUCUGAUCUUGCAAUUGCAUCUUUACUGUGUGCCUUCUACCCAAUCUUCCCCACAACUGUGCUCGAUAACAAAUGCCACCUUCAAGCAUUCCGUCACAUGUGGGUUCUAGCCACAGAAUCUCGCUGUCUCGUUCCAAGAGAUCUCGACAUGGGACGUCCUGUAUCAACGCCUAUCUCAUUGACCAUGAAGAGUGGCUUGACGAGAACACUGACCGCCCCAUGCCUUCUUCCUGACUUGAAGGAGAUCACCGUUAUCAAACUACAGAGCCCCAACCACUGGCCUAUCGUACUAGAUCUCGAACGCAACAGUGGGCUUCGUGAGAAGUUUUACCAAGGUGACCAGUCCGUGUACCUAAGAAGAAGAACAUCGUUUAAUCUAUCCGGGUCCUCCGUCUUCGCUUCCACACUACUGGGCCUCAGCGAAAUGCAAGAUAUUUUACCCUCAACUACAGCAGCAGGUGGCAUCAAGGGAGCGAUCACACAGGGCACUACCGCUUCGCCUAGUACGAGCAUCGUGCGGCCAUCAUCCAGAGACUUGUGGGAUUGGAUAUUCUCUCUCCCCUCGCUGCGAGAAUUGGGCUUGGAGGAACGAGCCCUCGUUAUGCAUUCUCUCCCAUUCCAGUCUCGCUCUCAAUACGCCAGAGACGGAAGAACAGUCUCUUCUCCGCCCUGGCUGCGCCCUUCCGCUGUCGACACCAAGCUCACCCUUCAGAACACAGUCAAGAGCAUUAUCCGAACAGCCUCCGGCACCAGCUGGUCGUCGGAUGAAAUCAAAGAUCGUCUCUGGCAAUUACGACUUCUCUUCUCUUGGGUGGAUUACUGUGAGCGUCACGAAGGACAAGACAAUAACGAUGAAGAUCCCGCGACUAGAAAUGGGCUCUGGCUGCGGAAGGACAUUAUUGAAGAUGCAAGAUGGAAGAUUUGGGGCGUCCAGUUCAGUGAGGGUGCUGGUAAAGCGGAGUGAGUGAGCGGCAUUAUUUAUUGUCAUGGAGAAUAUAUAUUCUCCAGGGUAUUUUCAGUUCUUCAUGAAAUUUGAAAAGUUGUACUGUAUUUAUACCUAAUAAUUCGGUUACGUGAUACGUGUAUAGAAUUAGAUGAAAACGGGGGGUAUGAUGAAGUAAAAUGAAACUUGAGAUGAUGAUUACGGAGUGAAAGUUAAGGUGUGGACGGAAUGUUCAGACAGAAUUCGGGAAUUGGGAGAUCAAAAAAUACUACGUAAGCAGGAAUCAAUUACAUAGAAGGGGCAUGGUAAAAAAAA